AUGAUCUUCUUUUUGCGUCGUUGGAAGUUCGUUCUCUUAUUCUGGUAUACGCAUCCAAUUUUCUAUAUCACAACUACAUAUCUGGUAUUAAGAUCGACAUGUUGCGAGGCCCGUAUUGUUGCCUUCACUUAUACGUUUAUGCUGAAUACUCUCUUCUAUUUAGAUAAGCAAUCAUUGCAUCAAGUGGGCCAUCCAUCGUAUUAUUUGGAAAGCAAGGGUACUGUUUCUGUGAAAAGUCUGAGGAAAUAUUCGCGCAAAUUUACAAAAUCGCUAGUCUUUUUCUUAUCUUUGGUCUUCAGUGUAAAGUAUAGAGUCUUUUUUGUUGGCAGGGAAGGCGCAUGUGGCGCGGUACUCGAUGGCAAGUCCUGCAUCACCGCGUGCGUGAACGCAUUCGUAAUUGGUUUUUCAGAGUGAGACUCAAGUAAAUCUCAAGUUCUACUGUAGUCCGUCCCAAGUUAAAGGCGAGAGCGACACUUUCUUUAUGUGUUGGCUCCAGAUCUAAACGGGGACCACAAUAAUUCGACAUGUCUCUCUUGAUUCCUGCUCCGCGGGAGACAACGCGGUUCUUGCAGGCUAGCCAUGAGACAUACAAAGAAAUGCUGUAAAGAUGAACUUGGACUAUGUUGUUGACACUCGUCUGUCGAAGCAAUUCCUCGUUCUGUGCAAAUGUUAUAUGUUAUAUGUUUUAGGGCUGGACGGUACCGCCCUCCCCUGUGGUCUGAUCUGUGGUGGCGCGCGCGCGCAUUUCCGCGGAUUCUAGUGGUGGAAGGCGUCCAAACUUGGCGCGGGCCUCCCCUUGGGCCUCUCAGCGGGUUCCGCAGGGGCCUCCUGGCCUCUGCUGACCCUCGCAGGCGGGAGGUCUCCGGGGUAUAAGGCCGCCGAGGGCGGCCACGGUCGCAAGAGCAAGCAAGCCAAUGACCAAGGGCCUGGAGGGAACAGGCUGCGCGGCUCAGGGGGUCCAGCCUCUCGCCUUUUGCCGCGUUCGGAGGCGUUCCAUAGCCGCCGCACUGCUGCGGCGGCGAAGCAUAUCGGAGGCACUUAGUGCGCAGGCAGGCACCUGGAAGGGGGCGCAGGCGGUCCCUUGGGCCCCUUUUGAAGUCUCCCACCUACAUCGGAGGCCUGUAGGCAGCAGCCAGGCAGCGGGAAGGGAGCGGAGGAGGUCGCCUGGCCUCCUCUUGCGGCCUUCCUCCUACGUCGGAGGCCUCUAGGGGAGAACCAAGCACCUGGAAGGGAGCAAAGGAGGCCACUUGGCCCCCUUUUGAGGCCUUCCACCCCCCGGCAGACGCCUCCAAAAGGGCUCCGGGGCUGCCGGUGCCCCCCCUAGCGUAGGGGGGGGUACCGGCAGCCCCAAGCCUUGGAUUACAUAUUUAUAAUUAUUUUCUUUACCUACAUCCUUCGGCAAAUGAAGUGGUGCUGUGCCAGAUGUUGAAUGGCGUCCCUAGUUGCCUCGAUUCAUUCUGGUGUUUGUUGAAAAAGAUGCUCGUCUUGAAGUGAUCGCACGAGAUGUUUGUCUGCUGGAAAGAGCCACGCAUCAAGUAUCCAUUCUGCAUUUGCAAAACAUCUGUCGAGAUGCGAGAUCUUUUCCUUUGAGGAUAUAACAACGAGUGAAUGAUAAUAGAUAUUGAUUUUUAAACGAUUCAGCUACAGUGUCUGACUGACUUCAACUUCUGACACUUCUCUGUGUGAAGUGGAAAAGGAGAUGAUUUCGUCUGUGCAGCGAGAAAAUAAC